AAACAAAAUAAUCAGAUACAAGCGAAACAGUUGUUUCUUGUUUGUAUCAACAUUUUUUCCUCUCCUCGCUUGAUCGAUGUUUCAUGUCGGAUCACUGUGCGCUGAUAAUUGUUUAAAAUGAAUAUGAUCCUGAUCUUCCUUUUAUCAUAUGCGGUCGUUUCCAAAGUAACAUCAUAUGAAAACAUUGCUUCGGGAAAACCUGCACAGCAGCUGUAUCCCUAUUCUGACUCAAGGUGGGGAGCUGAUAAAGCGGUGGACGGACAGAAAUUAGACUUUUCUGCUGCAGGGGGACAAUGCACGAUAUCCACCAAUGGAGCACAAACAGCGAAGUGGUGGGUGGAUCUAGGAGGUGUCCUCAGUAUACGUCACAUAACUAUAUACUACAGGACGGACAAUUUAGCCUGGGAUUUCGAUAAUCCGCUUACCACUCGAUUCCUGGGUUUCUCGGUAUACAUAUCGAACACAACCAACAAAGAUGACGGGGUACUGUGUUUUAAAGACUUCGAGUACACCAGAGCCACAAUACCGAACCCGACAAACAUAACAUGUUCUAGACACGGACGUUACGUCAUUUACUAUAACGAGAGACUACAGAUUGUCACCUAUCCUCCUGACUAUUCUACGUACGCAUACAACGAACUCUGUGAAUUUGAAGUUUACGGUUGUCCAACACCAGGCGUUUAUGGAGAGAACUGUGAUAUACCGUGUCCUCAGAACUGUCAGGAGAGACACUGUGACAUUGUGACUGGAACCUGUCUGGGGUGUAUUCCGGGAUAUAAGGGGUCUUUCUGCGAUCAACCCUGUGAUAAUAAGAAAUACGGCCUGGAGUGUAAACAGAACUGUGACAACUGUAGCGAUGGGGAACAAUGCAAUCACGUGAACGGAAGUUGUCCAAACGGAUGUGACGUCGGAGCUCGAGGCGAUAAAUGCGAUGAAGAAUGUUCUAGUGGUUGGUAUGGAAAGAAUUGUGCUGAUGCAUGCAAUCCAAGUUGUAGAGGUUGUAACAGAUUUAAUGGCAGGUGUGAAUCUUGUCGUUUUCCGGGAUGGAAAGGAACAAUGUGCGAGAAAGAAUGCGACGGGAGAAUGUAUGGAGAAAAUUGUACACAGCCCUGUGGUCAAUGUCGGAAUUUAGAACAGUGUCACCACAUUAACGGAACAUGUUUAAACGGCUGUGUCAGAGGAUAUCAAGGCUGGGAAUGUACUGAAGAAUGUCCAGAAGGUCGCUAUGGUUACAACUGCCAAGAGAGAUGUAACAUCAACUGUGGAGUCCCUGGGAGAUGUGACAGAGUAACAGGACAGUGUCAGAAUGGAUGUCAGGCGGGGUGGAAAAAUCACAAAUGUGAUUCAAAAUGCGAUGGUAAAACAUUUGGACUAGGCUGUUCUCAAGUGUGCGGAGUUUGCUUGGGUAACGAACAGUGUCAUCACGUAAACGGAACGUGCACCAAUGGAUGUGACAGGGGUUACACAGGAAUCAAUUGUACACAAGAAUGUGAGAAUGGGUUAUAUGGAUACAAAUGUAACAAAUCAUGUGGACAUUGUUUACUUCCGGAACAGUGUGAUAACAUCAACGGAAUAUGCAUGGGUGGAUGUAAAAGUGGUUUUCAGGGAAUGUUCUGUACUGAGGUUGAUGCUACGAACAGACCAUCUUUAGAACAGUUAAAAGAAGAAAACUUAAAACUGGACAAUGUGCGAUUGAGGUAUGAAAUAGAAAAGCUGAAAACAGAAAACGAAAUCAUGGCCAUCCAGAAAGAGUUCUUGUUAUUAAAGAAGUCGAAAUUAGAAUGUGAAAUUCAGGCAAACCCCCAUCUCGACUGUCAUGGAAAACAAUAAAGAAUAAAAAUACCCUGCCCUUCUUCUGUAUAUACACAUAUGCUUGUAUUGUAAUUUUUUAGAAAAUAGUUGUCCAGGUACAUAGUAUUAAAAUAUAUAUGAUAUGAAUUUUAUUUCUGAUAGGUCAUUUUGAAUUACAUUAAAUAUUAAAACGUGUUUACAUACAAACCAAAUAUUCAGCUUGAUUAGUUAUCUUCAUUUAAUAGGAAGUUUUGCUUUUUGGGAUUCCUACUGUCUGUACAUAUAAUAACAUUAUGUAUUCAGUUAAUAUGUGAAGUUUUAAUUAAAGUGUUGUAUAGAUA